AUGGCCACAUUAGGGUGGGGUGCAUUGGCCCUCUCUCCCUGCGGUCUCGUGCUGGUCGUCUGUGUACUUGUGUGUCUAUCACAGCCACCCCCGAUCAAACCUGCAGAAUGUGAUCGAAAGGAGCAUCCGGUCACAUCGAAACAAGAUUUGAAGAAAUGGAUGUCAGAGUUCUCCCAUCCAGGAGUAAAGGACUUUUCACAGUUAGCCUUGGACCUGAGCAGAAAUCAGCUUAUUGUGGGAGCAAGAAACUUCCUGUUUACCCUUAGUUUAAGCAAUGCCUCCCUUAAACAGGCAACAGAAUGGACACCUGACGAAGACACAAUUCACUCUUGCAAGAGUAAGGGGAAGUCAGAGGAAGAGUGUCAAAACUAUGUACGGGUUCUAUUGCUCAGCGGGAGGACACUUGUCACAUGUGGGACAAAUGCUUUCACUCCUGUCUGUAUGACCAGGCAGAUUGAUAACAUUACUCAUGUGUUGGACACGGUGAACGGUGUUGCCCGAUGUCCCUAUGACCCCCGCCACAACUCGACUGCCAUGAUUUCGGAGAAGGGCGAGCUGUACGCCGCCACGGUGAUUGACUUUUCUGGGCGUGACCCUGUUAUCUACAGGAGUCUGGGCAACAUGCACCCACUGCGCACAGCUCAGUACAACUCUAAAUGGCUCAAUGAACCUCAGUUUGUGUCUGCUUAUGACAUUGGCCGAUUUGCCUACUUCUUCCUGAGGGAAACUGCUGUUGAAAAUGACUGUGGAAAGAUGGUGUUCUCCCGCAUAGCCCGUGUAUGCAAAAAUGACAUGGGGGGUCGUUUCCUUUUGGAGGACACCUGGACCACCUUUAUGAAGGCUCGACUAAACUGCUCACGCUCAGGAGAAAUCCCCUUUCAUUACAACGAACUACAGAGCACCUUCUAUUUACCUGAGCAGGACUUGAUCUAUGGAAUUUUCACCACUAACGUGAACAGCAUGUCUGCUACUGCUGUUUGUGCCUUCAACCUGACUGCCAUCACGCAAGCUUUCAAUGGACCUUUCCGUUACCAGGAGAAUCCCCGUAAUGCCUGGCUUUCUGCUGCAAAUCCUAUACCCAAUUUUCAGUGUGGCACGCUGGAUGAAGGCGGCACUAGUGGGAACCUGACUGAACGCAACCUCCAGGAUGCUCAGCGGCUCUUUUUGAUGCACGAUGUGGUCCAGCCAGUGACAGUAAACCCUCUGCUCACCCAAGACAAUGUGCGCUUCUCAAAGCUGGUGGUGGACAUUGUGCGUGGCCGCGAUGCCAUUUACCACGUCAUGUAUAUCGGCACCGAAUAUGGUACUAUCUUGAAAACUUUGGCCACAACAAAUACAAAUCUUCAUGGCUGCUACCUGGAGGAGCUCAGGAUUCUUCCUGAUAAGCAAACUGGGUCAAUCAAAAGCAUGCUGAUUCUCCACAGUGACAGAUCGUUGUUUGUGGGGUUUGAUGACAGGCUGGUGAAGAUCCCAUUAGAACGAUGCUCUGGCCAUCCAACUGAGAGACGCUGCCUGGAAGCACGGGACCCAUAUUGUGGCUGGGAUCACAAACAGGAGCGUUGCACAACCAGUAAAGAGAGCGUCGACAUGAACCAGUGGAGCCAGAACAUCACCCAGUGCCCAGUGAGGAAUCUGAAGCAGGAUGGCGGGUUUGGCCCAUGGGCACCAUGGCAACCCUGUAGCCACAAUGACGGCGAAGGCUCCAUCAGCAGUUGUGUUUGCCGGUCCCGCUUGUGUGACGGACCUGUGGCCCGAUGUGGUGGGGUCGACUGUAAAGGCCCAACCAUUCAGGUGGCAAACUGCUCCAGGAACGGUGGCUGGACUCCUUGGUCUUCAUGGGGCCAUUGCAGCAGCAGUUGUGGUAUCGGUUUUGAAGUGAGGCAGCGAUCCUGCAACAACCCCUCGCCUCGUCACGGAGGUCGAAUCUGUGUUGGCCAAGGUCGGGAGGAGAGGCUGUGCAAUGAAAAAAAAAUGUGCCCACUACCAGUGAUGUGGACGACAUGGGGGCCCUGGGCUCAAUGCAAUGCUGAAUGUGGAGGAGGAGUACACGCCAGGACCAGAUCUUGUGAGAAUGGAAACAUUUGCCCUGGAUGUGCCAUGGAGUAUAAGACCUGUAAUCUGGAGACCUGUCCUGAGGUGCGUCGCAACACCCCGUGGACACCAUGGAUACCAGUUAACAUCAGUCAAGACGGAUCACGCCAAGAGCAGAGAUUCAGAUACAUGUGCCGAGCCUUAUUAAGGGAUGUACAGCAACUACAAUUGGGAAAGAAGAAAAUAGAGACCAGGUUUUGUCCAAAUGACGGUUCUGGAAGCUGCCAGACUGACUCUCUGGUUGAUAAUUUGAUGAAGUCUGGGGGCCGUAUUGUGUCACUGCCUAAAGAUGCACACUGGGGAUCUUGGGAAAAUUGGUCCACCUGUUCCCAGCAAUGUUCCAAAGGCUUUCGAACCCGGAGACGCAGUUGCUCAGUGACAGAAGGCAGGACUAAUCCAAGUGCAUGUGUCGGAUCCCCGGUGGAUUAUCAAGAUUGCAACAUGCAACCGUGCCCAGUGGCCGGAGCCUGGUCAUGCUGGUCUUCAUGGUCCCAAUGUUCUGCAAGCUGUGGUGGAGGCCACUUUCAGCGGACCAGGUCAUGUGACCACCCACCUCCUACCAAUGGAGGUGGGAUCUGUAUUGGUCUACACACUGAAGAGGCACUUUGCAAUACACACAUUUGUGAAGGUUGGGGUGUAUGGUCAGACUGGGGUGACUGUGAUGAGAAGGGCUUACAGUAUCGCUCCCGCGACUGCGGUGAAAACCAGGAAUCCAAUCUGUGUCAGGGUAACACAAGCCAGAGCAGACCCUGUCGGACACACGAAGUGGCAGUCAUUUUGCCUGAACAAGAAGUAAACAACUGUGGAACUUUCACAUUGUUCCAGCUGAUAGCUGUGGGCAUUGCCAGUUUCUUUGCAGCUGCCCUGUUAUCUGCACUGGCAUUUGCCUACUGUCAUCAUUUGAGCCGACCCUCCGCAGAGUCGGCGGUCAUCCACCCCAGUAGGCACAACCACCUCACCUAUAAUAAGCAGGACAAUGCCACACCAAAGAAUGAGAAGUACAUUCCUAUGGAAGUCGUGAUGCUACACAAGAACAACCUUCACAUGAACGACGACACAAACCGUCACUUUGCAUCCUCCAGCAACAUGUUCACCACCACUUAUUACCCACCUAACCUGAGCAAGUACGACUUUCCACCAGAAGCAUCCUGCAGGGCUUAUGUGCACAGCUAG